AUGGUUAGCAGCUGCUCUCCAAGCUUUUCUGCGCCACCCAAGGAUGACAAGGGGAAGAAAGAUGCUGGAAAGUCAGCCAAGAAAGACAAAGACCCAAUGAACAAAUCCGGAGGCAAGGCCAAAAAGAAGUGGUCCAAAGGCAAAGUUCAGGACAAGCUCAAUAUCCUAAUCUUGUUUGACAAAGCGACCUAUAACAAAUUCUGUAAGGAAGUUCCCAACUAUAAGCUUAUAACCCCAGCUGUUGUCUCUGAGAGACAACUGAAGAUCUCCAGUUCCUUGGCCAGGGCAGUCCUUCAGGAGCUCCUUAGUAAAGGACUUAUUAAACUAGUUUCAAAGCACAGAGCUCAAGUAAUUUACACCAAAAAUACCAAGAGUAGGGAUGCCUCAGCUGCUGGUAAAAAUGGAAAAACAACAUGUCCUACCAACUGUACAUUUUAA